AUGCAGCAGCACCACUGGCAGACAAGCGAGCACGCGACAGCCAUCAAGUACCGAGUGCUAGCGAGCGGGACAGCUGAUGGCUACAGGGAUCGACUGGUCGCGCGGGUAGGUGUGUCCAGUGAGUACGUAGCGCCACUUGUGGACCGCGCGUUUGCUCUGCAUCCAGCCAUGUACACGGUGAUUACGGACGAAGGUGAUGACGACGACCAGAAGGAGCUACCGGAUCUUAUUUGGGACGAGUAUGAAAACCUGGACUGGACCAGCAUUCUGACCGGAAAGGUCGUGGCUAACGCGUACUGUGUGCGCAAAGGGCUGUCCCGCAAGGCACAGCUGUCCAUUUACCUGUCCAAGUACAUGAAGAAGCACAAGAAAUGCAUGUUGAGCAAGGCUGUGCCGCGCACUAUUGUAUUGGACACGUGGGAGGCGUAUGAUGAUAGCAUGGCGCAGUUUGGCCUCUCUUUUCGACAGCGGUUGGAUGCGUGUUUAUGGGAAGUGAAGCAGGUACUUGAAACAGAGACGAAGAAGACGUGGAUCAUGAAGCCCAGUGCAACGAAUAAGGGUGCCGAGGUGAAUGUGAUUAACGACUUUCAAAAGUUGCGCACGAUCGUUAACGAGUGGACCGACAUCCGGGAAUGGGUAAUCCAAGAGUAUAUGGAACGGCCACUGUUGCUGCGGGGUCGCAAGUUUCAUAUCCGCGCCUACGUGCUAGCUGUUGGUGGUCUCAAGGUGUUCGUAUACCAACACUGUCUCGUGCUUUCCGCUCUCGAGCGGUAUUGCAAGAACGACACGGACAACAAUUACUCGCACAUCACGAACACGUUCCAGCAACAGAGCCAUCCAGACUACGUCGAGAGCGAGUGUGUGAUGUUGCUGGACGACAUCGAAGAGGUUCUUGCCGAGCAGGGUGUCGUGGAUACUGCAGCUAGGAAGACCAAGAUUUUAGCCGACAUUGGCUGCAUUACGGCUGAGGCUUUUGACGCAUUCAAGGGCGAGUUCUCGGUUUUCCAGCCUCUACCCAAUUGCUUUGAAGUUUAUGGCGUGGACUUUAUGGUUGACGAGGAUUUCAACGUGUGGCUUUUAGAAUUCAACCCCGGCCCGGACUUUAAACAGACGGGUGACCGCUUGCACUUCGUUAUUCGCGAUCUCAUGGCGGACACGCUACGUGUCGUUACCAACGAAUAUUUCUUGGAGAACAAGGAUGUGUCGGCCAAGGAAGCCGAAACCGGUGCAUUCGUUAAGGUGUAUGACCAGCAGUGGGGGGCCCUUUCCAAGGGUUCGUCAAUGAAGUUCGUAGAUUCGACAUAG